GAUAAAAUCAGAAUUUUGCACUUAUUUAUUGCAACGGAGAAUCUCUAGACGAACUUGAAGCAACUCGAUCUGGUAAAAUUUCGUGAAAUAGACGCUUCACAACUCUUCACUCACCCCCGAAUUCCAACAAUUCUCGAUCCAAAAUGGAGCAAAAUCCCAGACCCAAAACAAUCCUCGAAACAUGCGGCGAAGAAAUCAUCAGAAUCGUAACGCCAGUUUCGAUAUGUAUGCUGUUGGUCGUAAUUCUGGUAUCUGUCCUCAACAGAGGUUCCUCCUUGGACGACGGCCUCUCCUUUGCAUCCAUGGCCACCAUGGCCUACUCCGAGAGCAGCUCAGACUCCAUCUGGGACAAGCUCAAAGGCGCCCUCUUGAACUCCCUCGUCUUCGUUGCUGUUGUCACGGUUGCCACUUUCCUAAUGGUGCUCCUCUUCUACCUCAAAUGCACUAAAUUCUUGAAAUACUACAUGGGUUUCUCUUCCCUCCUCGUUUUGGGAUUCAUGGGUGGUGAGAUUGCCAUUUUCUUGAUCAAAGCUUCAAGCUUUCCCAUUGAUUGCUUUACAUUUGUUGUCGCCUUGUAUAAUUUCACUGUUGUUGGUGUUAUGGCUGUGUUCAUGUCAAGAAUGGCUAUUUUUGUCACUCAAGCUUACUUGGUUGUGAUUGGGGUGUUGGUUGCUUAUUGGUUUACCCUGUUGCCCGAGUGGACGACGUGGGGGCUCUUGGUUGCUAUGUCGUUGUAUGAUCUAGCUGCGGUGUUGUUGCCUGGGGGUCCAUUGAGGCUAUUGGUGGAGCUUGCCAUGGAUAGAGAUGAAGAUAUCCCUGCUCUUGUUUAUGAGGCUCGGCCGGUUAUCAGUGAUGCUGGUUUGGGUGAUGGUGUUGCGAGGAGAAGGGUUUGGAGAGAGGGAAGGGGUGAUUUUGAUGAAGAUCAAAGGCUUAGGUCUUAUCGUCUUCCGGAUUCUAGUCUGGGGAGUUACUUGUAUGGUGAGAGCCAGAGUGCGAGGAAUAUUGUUGAUGCUGAAGAUGGAAGAGCAUUAGGAGGAGAUUCUGAGCUUGCUGCUCCUCUCGUGCAACAUAUUAAUAUUCGAAUGAAUUCUUUGGAGAACGCUGCUUCAAGUGACAAUUUGGCGCUUGAGGGAAUUGGCUUGGGUUCCUCUGGCGCGAUCAAGCUUGGACUUGGCGAUUUUAUCUUUUACAGUGUUUUAGUUGGAAGAGCUGCUAUGUACGACUUCAUGACGGUGUAUGCGUGUUACCUUGCUGUCAUAGCUGGUCUUGGUAUAACUCUGAUGCUCCUUGCAUUUUAUCGAAAAGCUUUGCCUGCUCUACCUUUCUCUGUCCUGCUAGGCGUGUUGUUUUAUUUAUUGACUAGGUUGUUGCUCGAAACUUUUGUUGUACAAUGUUCUAUGAACCUAUUGAUGUUUUAGAUUUAUAAGACAUUAUCUAUGAUUUCUGAUUGUAUUCAGUUUUAAACA